GUCAUUUGUCUCUGAAGCGAGCUAAAACUCUAAACACUAUAAAAAUGGCCUACUAUUAUCAUAACAUUUCACACUCGGAGGGGCACAAAGAUGGCGGACGCCCAUAUUUGGAUAGGUCGAAAUAGGUCAGUGACGUCACGUGAAAGCCAAGAAUACUGAGUUCAAAGUGAUAACUUAACAUUUUUUACCCACUUCCAAUGAUAAACUACUCAAGUUGUCACUCACGUUUAUUAGCAAGCAUAUCACUAACAGACUAUUAACUGUUUAGUUCGGAUCGUAUUACUUGUCAAACCGCUUCGGAGCAUAGGGAAUUGUCUGAGUUGAGCUAAUAAAGCCCGAGCCGAUCUUAAUACUGUAUUAUCAGAUCAGUGUUCAGUGUUUGUCACUCAGAAUCUCUAAAAGGAAUUUUAUCUCUCUUCGGGUAUUGAUAAAUGGUUUCAAACGGCUUGGUUGUGGUUCACUACGGCAGGGCAAGGCAACAGCAAAGAGGUUCGUGAAUUUUGGGAAUCAAGGUUAGACAUUGUUUUGAAGAAGACACGCUGGGAUAUUGACUUUAUCUUAAACAAACUUUCAACUAUUGGACAAAUUGAAACCGAUGAUUCUAUAGCUGGAAAACCAAUGGAAUAGAUUGAGUAAUCACGGAGUUUAUAGUUGACCAAACUACCUGGUUUUGAGACUGUUAAAUGAGCUGUUAAUGAAAUAUUGAAGGCCCAGACGAUAACAGUAAGUCGACAAACCGCAACUAAAACGAGUAUAAUACCAUCCCCAAGGUCACUUUCAAAACCAAUAGAAUUAACUAUUGUUUAGCAGUGGUAUUUACACAAUGGAAAGUGACUUAGAACAGGAGUACCUCUCAGAAAACGACAAAGACUACGACAUGGCGAACAUCACAGUACCCUUAAAGGCCAUUCCAGCAUACAUCACUAUCCAGUUUGCAUGGUAUUCGUUCAUCUUUACUCUAGGCGUUAUAGGAAACCUCUACAUCACUCUAACUGUGACUUGCCGCAAAGAGAUGACUACCACGACCAAUUAUUUCAUCUUCAACCUCGCUGUUUCUGAUUUAGGGAUUCUUUUAGUGUCACUGCCUUCUCACGUAAUUCGGGAUUUUUUCUCCUGGUCUUUCGGGAAGAUCGCUUGUCAGGUCAUCAUUUCCAUGAACGAGGUAUUCUUUUCGGUGUCAAUUUGUACAAUAACUGUAAUCACAUUAGAAAGAUACCGAGCAAUCGCCUUGCCAUUCAAACCCAAGACAAGUACAAGAGGUGGAAAAGUAACAAUCGCACUGAUUUGGCUUGUGUCGUACUUGGUUAUUGGCUUCCCAAUGACCUUCCAUAUGGAUCUAGAACUCAUUGAUCAGCGACUAAUUUGUCUUCCUAAAUGGCCUUCCAAAGACGUGAACAAGAUACAGACUUGUUUGAUAGUCACUUUGAUCAUCAUUCCCCUAGUCAUAACCGGCUAUGCCUACACAGUGAUGAUAAAAACCCUUCGACAGCAAAGCCAAAGGCUUCAAGAAAGAGCAAAUUGUCACAGAGUGUCUAGAACAUCGCUGAACAGCUCAACAUCGCUAAAACAAGAUCACCGACGACAUCGCUACAACGCCAAGUUAGUUAAGAUGCUCAUUGUCAUCGUUGUGGUUUUCUGGAUUUCCAUGCUUCCUCUUACGCUGCUCGCUCUUGUGGUGGAGUUCUUCCCCGAUGUGAGAGUCGCAAGCAAAGCGAUUGAUGGACUCUACACUAUCUUUGUUGCUUUGUUUUAUUCAAACAGUGCUUUCAAUCCAGUUGCUAUCUAUAUUAUGAGUUCUGAUCUUCGUAAGGGCUUAAACACUAUAUUAUUCUACAAAAAGCGACGCCUUAGCGAAAUCAGGCAUAUGCAUUACGUUGCUCAGAACUAAACUCAUCAUAUGAGAAGUACUUUUUGAUGGUUGUUAUCAACACUUGGAGGAUAAUUCACAAAAACUUAUCGUUUCCAUGUGCUAGAGUCAUUAUACCAGGCUCCAAAAAUAACAUAAYUAUUUUUUUAUUUCGUCUUUUAAGCGAUGUUUAUAAUUCCAGUGCUUAGAGUGUAAAUAUUGACUCAAUGGAGUAUUUCAGACUUUUCCGUAAUGAGGAAUCCGUUUUCAAGAAUACGUAACUGUCGCAUGAUUUUGUCUUUAAAUUCGAUUGCAAAGCCGUCUGAUCGAUCCGGAGAAGACAAUGGCUACAUCUGUAGCUUAUUACCAAAUUCUCUACCGUCUAAGACCUUAAAUACCUUAUGUAUCAUUACUUAUAAAUAAAGAGUUUUUAUCGAU